AGAUGCAGUAGGACAUAUCAUUUCACCUUCUGAGACGGCCCCUCAAGAAUCAGAUCCAGCUGUUGCCAUAGUGACAGUAAUGAUUGUUUUGUUUCUGUUGAUAGUAUUGUUUGUAGGAGUCUACAUGUACAGAAGAAUGAGCAGGUUAAAAAAAGAAAAUGAAAUCCUGAAUUCUGUUCACUUCUCUAAUUCACAAUCUGAAAUAUCAGGAAUAAAUAAUCCAAACUUCACAACAUCAUCAUCAACAGACGGUUGCCAUAACAACUGUACAGAUAGACCUCCCUCCUGUACAUCUGUAGCUGAAGGUGUUGACGAUCGGUAUACCACCAUUAAAAAUAUCAAUGCUGAUUUUGGAAACCCAAACCUUGCCAAUGUUGCCGUGGUUGCAGAAGAUAAUGGUUAUGAAGAAUUUGUUCCCAGUAAAAAGGAUUUUCUGUUUAAAGAGAAUUUGAACGUAAACUUGAACAAUUUGAGUCCAGAUAAAUCAGCUACCGGACAUGAUUAUGACAAUGUCUCUGUUGAUUCUAUAGAUUCCAUAGAAGAGGAAAAGAAGAGAAACAAUAUAAAGUGAUAUAUUAAUCAGAUUUGUUUCUCGAUGGGUACCAGACCAGUAUAAGUGCUAUAUAAACCAGUCUUCCAUAUGGAUGUG